AUGCCCAAAAGUGUUACAAAGUUUAACGACAGUUGGCUACAUCGAGAAGACGAUAACAAGAAUCCAGUUAAAAUAUGGCUGACAAUUGGUUCUAAGCCGACAACGUUUAGAUGUAGUUUGUGCCGAACAAAUGAUCUUGAUUGCGGAAAUCAAGGUUGGCGAGCGGUCCAACAGCAUUUGAACAAUUUCAAGCAUCAGCAAAUAUUUCAGGAAUGGCAAAAAAACGUAAAAUUUAUUAUUCCAACUCAAGUAACAACUAGUUCAACUGAUACAUCUAAUUCAACAGCAAUUAAUAUUAUAAUUCAAUGUGUUUGUUUGUAUAUGUACAAAGAUUUAAAUUUAUCACAUAUUCGAGGAAAAACGAUUGGUGAUUAUGCUCGACAAGUACUUCGUGCCAUAUUCUCACAUGAAGAAUUAUUAUCUUCAAUAUUGCCUCCAGGUGGUCAACAAUUUAUUCGAAAACCUUUGGAUAGUGGAAGGUUCGAAUUUCUUCAUAAUACUAUGCGUGUUAAAUAUCGAAUUUCUGCUGAUCGUUACGACGAAUUUUCUGGCAAAUUAGUGCGAUCAAAGCUAGUUGAUUUUCUGGCGGAUGAACGAAAGCGUGAUCGUAAAAGUACCUCAACACAAUCUUCAAUAUCUUUAUCAGGAUCAUAG